CUCCCCGGAGACGUUAGAGAAGAAAUAGCCAACGGAUUUAGGGAUCUUACCGUUCUGCGAUUCGCCGAGUUUGAAGCUUUUUUUAGAGACUUCAAUGGUGAGCCAAGGAAUGGUAUCUCUUACAAAGUCUCUAUGCACUAUGACUCCAAGAGUCCGUCUCAAGAAUCCGAAUAUGUUGCAGAAACUAAAGACUGGAUCUUGUAAUUUCCGUUUCAGAAAUCUCCGUGUCUUAUGUACAACAAAACUGUCUCAGUGGGAACCAUCACCUUUUAUUCAUGCUUCUGCGGAAGAAGCUGCUGAUUUAGUAUUGGACAAAACUGCGAAUGUGUUCGAAUCUAUUAUAUCCGAGAGUGCAAAGGAAGAGAAAGUCGAUUCAGUGCAACAACGGACUAAUUCUCAAGUUCAGGUACUUAAAUGGCCAAUAUGGCUUUUGGGUCCAUCUGUUCUCCUCACAAGCGGUAUGGCGCCUACUUUAUGGCUUCCGUUGUCAUCGGUUUUCCUCGGUUCCAACGUGGUUAGUCUACUUUCUUUGAUCGGUUUAGAUUGCAUUUUCAACCUCGGAGCUAUGCUUUUCCUCUUAAUGGCUGAUUCUUGCGCACGUCCUAAAGACCCAUCACAGUCCUGCAACAGCAAACCACCAUUUAGCUACAAGUUCUGGAACAUGUUUUCGCUUAUAACCGGGUUUCUAGUCCCAACGUUACUUCUCUUCGGAUCCCAAUCUGGCCUACUCGCUUCUCUCCAACCCCAGCUUCCUUUCCUCUCGUCCGCUGUUAUCCUCUUCCCGUACUUCAUUCUCCUUGCUGUUCAGACAUUAACAGAGAUCCUCACAUGGCACUGGCAAUCACCGGUCUGGCUAGUCACACCAGUUGUCUACGAGGCUUACCGAAUCUUGCAACUGAUGAGAGGGUUGACACUUAGUGCAGAGGUCAACGCACCGGUUUGGGUGGUUCAUAUGCUUCGUGGGCUCGUCUCUUGGUGGGUAUUGAUCUUGGGAAUGCAACUCAUGAGAGUUGCUUGGUUUGCUGGUUUUGCGUCUAGAACAACAACAGGUCAGCAACCACAAUCUGUUGCUUCUAAGUAAAGACAGAUAGAUGUUUCUUCGUUUAGUUUUAAAAGUCAUGUCAGAAACUAAAGAUCUGUAACUCUU